AUGGUCGAUGUGCUCAACAAGAGCAACUUUAAUGUGACUCUCAGGUCUGCGAGAAGGCCGGAUGGUGCAGUGGGCGAUAUGGUGAUAAGGACAUCCACGAAUGUAUGUUUUGUUUUUUUUCUGCCUAAAAUUAACAAUUGUGUUGCAGAUAAUGACUGUCCUAAGGGAUGGACACAGUUGAAUGAUCACUGUUACAUCUUCCACGAGGAGAGAAAGACUUUUGCAGAUGCAGAGCACACGUGCAAAUUUCUUGGUGGGAAUCUGGUCUCCAUCCACAGUGACCUGGAAAAUGAAGUUGUUCUUGAACUGCUGCGGGAGGCGGAUGAGGAACAUGCCUGGAUUGGACUCCAUAAUGCCAUUAAGAAAGAAGAUUAUAUCUGGACUGAUGGCUCAGACGUUGAUUUCCUAAACUUUGGAGUAGGAAUGUCUAACGAUGCUGGUGAUGGCUUGUGGGAUGGUGACAACUUCCUGAAUGAGAACCCGUUUGUUUGUAUCAGAGAGGUGUCCUAGACUCAACUGAUCACCCCUCUCACCAGUGUCUUUCCCAUCGUUACAAAGACAUCUAGUCUUUGUGUUUCUCACAGUCUUUACUUCUUCUUCUACACUUGUAAUGACAGCUAAGAAUGUUCAAAUGUUGCCUGAGACUUUGCCUCGACAGUUAACAAAUAUUUUAUGAUGGCAACAGUUUAACUCUGCAACAAGUUACAGUGGAACCUCGGUUAGCGUUCCCCCCCGGUUAGCAUGUUUUUCGAUUUACAUUGAAAAUGUAGACGAAAAAUUUGCCUCAG